UGCAUGAGGUCUUCCUACAGCAGCCGCAGUAGCCGGGAUGUAGCGGCCAUGAAUCGCUACAUGACUCUGGGUCCGCUCGGAGACGGCACCUACGGAUCCGUGGUGCUCGGCCAGCGACUGGACACGGGCGAGAAGGUGGCCAUCAAGCGGAUGAAGAAGAAGUACUACUCGUGGGAAGAGUGCAUGAACCUGCGAGAAGUAAAGUCUUUGCAGAAGCUGAGCCACGCCAACCUGGUCAAGCUGAAGGAGGUGGUGCGCGAGGACAACACGCUGUACUUCGUGUUCGAGUACAUGCGCGAGAACCUGUACCAGCUGAUCCGGGAGAGGGACGCGCCGUUCCCGGACGCCGCCGUCCGGGCCAUCGUGCAGCAGGUGCUGCGGGGCCUGGCCUUCAUGCACAAGCACGGCUUCUUCCAUCGCGAUAUCAAGCCCGAGAACUUGCUCUGCAUGGGACCGCAGCUGGUCAAGAUCGCCGACUUCGGGCUGGCGCGAGAGAUCCGGUCGCAGCCACCUUACACAGACUACGUGUCCACGAGAUGGUACCGGGCCCCCGAGGUUCUCCUUCGCUCGACGACGUACAGCUCCCCGAUUGACCUGUGGGCCGUGGGCUGCAUCAUCGCCGAGCUGUACACGCUGCAGCCGCUGUUCCCCGGUCGCAACGAGGUGGACCAGCUGUUCCGCAUAUGCGCCGUGCUGGGCACGCCGGACCAGCGCGAGUGGCCCGAGGGACACCAGCUGGCCGCGGCGUUGCAGCUGCGCUGGCCGCACUUCCCGCAGGGCUCGCUGGCCGCCGUGGUUCCCACCGCCAGCCGGGAGGCGCACGUCCUCAUGCGAGACCUGCUGCGCUGGAACCCGGCGAGGAGACCCACCGCGCUUCUGCUAGACACCAUCAAGAUUUCCUCCUUCUUCUCCUUUUCUCAUGGCAGACACCCAAUGCAGAACUCAAGCUAUAAAGUCGUUCUGCCACGUCUUCCAACCAGUAACGAUGUUUUGAAUUCCGUUUUCCUUCAUGCCGACUUGAGUGGUAGGCCGUACCUUGCCCCAGACUUCUGCGACGCGCUGCUAAAAGUGGUGAGCACAGCGGACAUUAUUGGAGUUGGCCAGUAUCAAAUGAGCCAUGUAUGGAUGGUUACGUGUGCAAGCAGCAUGGCGAAACAGAAACUCGUCACUUGUGGUGAGCUCCGUGUAAAAGGGCUGAAGUGCAUGGUGCUAGAUCCGGAGACCAAGAAUAUUAGGCUGAAACUACUUUGGCUUCCGCCUCAUCUUGAAUCGCGACGUGUUGAAGAGGCGUUCCAAGCUUACGGCGUUGUGAAGUCCGUUGAAAGAGAGGCAUGGAGAUGUGCAGGAAUGGAACAAUGGAUGACAACAAAUAGAGACGUUGCCUUGGAGCUCAAGGACACUAUCACUGUGAGCUCAAUACCAUACCUUAUGUCAAUCUAUGGCCACCAAUGCCUCGUACUUAUUCCCGGUAGGCCUCCACUGUGUCUUCGGUGCAAGCGAGUGGGGCAUGUACGACGACAGUGCAAAACACCGAGGUGCUUGCAAUGCCAGCGUUUUGGUCACUUGUCGGAUACCUGCAUGUCGACUUAUGCCAACAAACUCCGUUCUGGCCAAGGCACAGAAGACCAACGUCUCGAUCAUUUUAUGGAUGUCACUGAGGUAGUUGAUGCGACAGGAGAAGCAGCGGGAGGAGCAGAAGGUGCCUUAAAGGAAGCGGAACACUUGUCCAUGGAUACCCUUGGCACGCAAAAUAACACCGCUAAUGACGCCAGAUAAAGCAUAAAUGAAUGCAAUGCUGCUGACGAACACCACUUGGAAGGCCUUAAGGACAAAACUCCUGACAAUGAGG